AGACUAAUGACUACUGUUUCAGUAAACAUUUCAAACUGCUUAAACGGGGUUUGUAUUACAGUUCCAGAUAGUUUUCCUGUUAGGAUUUUGGGAAGAACUUCAGUGUAGAUAAGCCUCAGCAGGACUUUUGAAAACAUGUUUGAAACUUUCUGGUAUCUUCUUCAAAUCUUGUAUUAGAGAUUACAUAAUUAAUUUUGUUCCUAGCCACGUUUUCAAGUGAAAAAGUUGAGGUCUACAGGUUGGGUUGAGGGCUAGUCUGUAGGCUUUUGCUGUACCUGUGUGGAACUCAACAGUGUCAUUUUAGAGAGGGGGAGAAAGAGAGAGAGGCACUAGUGUUUUGGGGCCGGAGUGCUAGAAGAAGGGACAGGCAUAAGGACAAGAAAUAAAGAAAAUUAAGAGAAAUUAAAGGAGGAGAUGGGUACUCAGGAGAAGAUGUGAUAAGUAGAAAAGACCUAUCUGUAGAAUGACACAAGGGAAGAUGAAAGCUUAACAUACAAGAAAUAAGUGGACUGAAAUUAGUUGAACUGGCUGCUUUGGAUGGAGUUGGAAGAUCUCAUUGGACAAAAUGUGUCUUUGCAACACUCUAUAUUCUAGGUGGUGCUAUUUUUCUGUUAACAGUUUGAGAAACACAUGACUGUCCAUGCAUGGAAAUUAAAUUCACCAUGCAAUGAUAUGCAACUGACUUCUUCCUUCAGAUAUGCCAGGCAAUUUAACUUCUUAAAAAUAAUCUUUACUUAGUCUGUGUAAUAGUCUUUCUUUCUGCCAUCCUCAGGUUUGGUGGAUGUUUUCCUAUUUGUUUAUCUGACUCAUUUUUCAUGCCUACUAUCUCUUACAAACAUGAGUAUCUUUAUCAGAACUACCCACUUUUUUUCUCCUACUUUAAACUGCACUUUCAAGAUAACUUCUGGGAAGUACAGUAAUCUGAGGCUUAAUUUAUGCAUAUGUUCUUUUCUCUUGGCUUCUCUUUCCCACACCAGAUAAUGCAAAAAUUAAUAGGUCUUCUAUGAUUGUAAAUUUGUAGGGAUGCGAGAAAGUACUGGAAAUUCAUGCCAUUUGGUUACCAUGUAAGUCUGAAGGAGCAUGAUCCUAAAACAGAGGAAUGAGGUGACUUUAGCAAAGGUGUAGAUUGUUACUUCUGAAGUAAGAGAUUCUGUAUCAAAUAUGUUUUGAAGAGGGGCAGUCUUGAUCUUAGUCUCUUUUUAUCAGGCAGAAUUCUGUGUGAGGAUAGACAUUCGAUCCAGUUACUAUGCAGUGUUUUCAUUAAUGUCUUGAGAAAUUACGAAAUUUAAAGGUGAUACCAAGAAAGGCAGCAAUAAUUUCAGAGGAUAGGAAUUCAAUUUAAAGUUAAUUAAGAGACAUUACCCGGGGAAAAAAGGUCAUGUGGUUUGAUAGGGACAAGUGCAAACUACAGCAUGUGAGUAAAAGUGGUCAACUCUACAAAUACACUGUGGAGACUAGACCAUAGCCAUGUAGAAGAGGAUCCAAAUGUGAUAGCAGAUCACAACAUAAAUACCUUCAGACAUGAUAAAGCAUGUGAAGUAAUCCUGCUGUAUUUGAUGCUGUUGAUGGAGUGCUGUGCUCAAUUUUGGGCGCUGUGCUUUAAGAAGGAUGUGGCCAAACUAGAGAAAGUUCAGAAGAGGGUAUAAAGAAUGAUCAGAAGUCUAGAAAAAUGAAAGGCUGAAAGAAAAAGGCCCAUUUAGUCUACAGAAAGAAAAGCUGAGUAGAGACACAAGUCUCAAGCUGCAUAAAAUUGUUUUUUUUAUUAUGACAUUAUUAUGACAUAAAGUUGUAAAUUCUUUGUCCACUGGAAAUAGGACUAAGAAAUGGUGUUAAAUUAUAGGAAGAAAGAUUUUAGGAUGCUGUUUGAUUUUACACUUCCCCUUCAUCCUGUGGUUCAUUCACUUAUUUCUCCUCUCCAUUGUUUGUAACAUGGCACUUUUAUGGCUUAAAGUUGUAAGUUGGUAUGAUGGAAGCAUCUAAAGAGGGGGAAGGAACAGGAGGGGAGAGGUUGUUUAUCUGACAGUUGAUUUUCUGUCAGGUCAACAUCUUUAACCUACUCACCCUCUGGCUGCAUCACCACUGAAUUCAGUGGGAGGGAAAACAGCAGGAGCACAUGGCAAGGGGGAGUGGGAUUACAUGCAACGUCAAACUGCACCCUCAGGGUAGAUAUUAGGAUAAUCUGCCUAAUGGCAAGGAUAAUGAAGCACUGAAAUAGGCUGCCUAACGAGGGUGUGAAAUCUACCUCUGUGGUUUUUAAGAACAAAUGAGACACACAUCUACUGGGAAUAAUUCUGUCACAGUCUGGCCUUUUGCCCAUGACCAGGGUCAACUAAGUGAUCAUCUUCUUGAAAUACCAUCCAGUCUCCCACUCUUCGUGAUUUGUGUAACUUCUUGAGUAGAUAAAAGCAUUAAGUUUAAUCUUUUAUGUUAUGAUUUGGAAGUGUUGCCCGCUUGCCAUGUAGGUUCUUCAGUGACUGUACCUGGUGUAUGGGAGACAAAGAGGAGUAGUGGUCUUCAGCAUUGUCCACAGUCAGCUCAUUUAAUGUACUUUGAAACUGCAGGUUUUAAGUCCUGACUGGUAUGAUUUUGAAGUGUUUCUGUUAGCACACGAGCUCAAGUGUGUUUCAUGAGCUAUGCAGAUACUUUUUAGACUAGAUUAGCUUUUGGCAAGGGUAUGUUCUGGCCCCCUUAGAACCGUUUUAGGACUAAUAAGAACAGUCCUGGACUACAAGUACACUACUGUUACUGUGAGGUAGACUUCUCUUCCAGAAUUUAAUUGUGUAUAAAUUUAGUGAUUACCCGUUUAGGAGGUAACUAGAUCAGAAAGUGUUUUGGGGAAUAUCUAGUCCAAAAGCAGGGCAAAACUAGAAUGCUUUCAUUUAGGCACUGUAGAGGCAGUGAACUGUUUGCUGAAAUAUAUGCCAUGCUGAGUCAUUUGGGACCUGUUCAGUUAUCUAGAACAGGCAUGUUCUACCUAUAGCCUUUGUCUGUGCUGUAUUAAAAAACAAACAAAAAACCCCAAGCCAAAACAAAACAAAAGAACUUUUUUUGGGGAGCCUUCCCCCUUCUAGUCUUGGGGUAUGCAGCAUGUGCAACCCAUUCUGAAGUGGGCAAACUGUGAAGAAGACAAGACACUUUUAAUUCUUCUCAGGAGAUAGAAGAUUGUCAUGGGUGAACACAAAGCAUUUGUCUGCAUAAGAACCUAUUUCAUGAUAACUAUUCCAAGAGUUGAAAUGCAAGCUUUCCUUUUAGGUAUGCUCAGUUAUGUAUCUUCUGGGCAGAAUUCCCUAAUCCUGCCUGUGUCUCUCAUCAACAUUAGUCAGAAGGCCCAAAGCAUUAACAAAGUAUUCCAGUGACUUGGGGCAGGGAAGAAACGUGUGUGUGUGUUAUUUUUUUAUUCACGUGUGCUUGUAAAAGAAAAAAAAGGAAAAGAAAUACUGCUUUUCUCUACAUCAGGAGUUAUAUGGGAAGGUCAUAAAAUUUUCAGCCUCUCUGACCACCUACUUUGGCCUGACUUGUCUUCCUCUCUCACUUUAAUUUUGAAUGUAGAAGCAGUUUUCACCCAUAAUGAACACUGAAGUACUUGACUAAUUAAACCGUUUAAAAUGUGGUUCCUUUUUGAAAAGUAACUGUAGAAUGGCAUUGUAUGAUUCUUAGCUGGGUCACACAAACUUUUACUUUUCAAAUUGUCAGUCAAGCAGUUCUAAACAGAAUCAGCAAAAUAAGAUGGAAGUGAAACUUAGUAGAUGUCAAAUUUAUUACUUCUGACACCAUGAACUGAAAAAUUACAAAUUCCAGACUUUAUGUGGGACUUAAGUUUCUAGAAAAUCCAAAUGUGGAGCUUUGGUGGCUAAGGUAUUUUCAUGUGAGGCCAUAUAUUCAGUUUUCCCAGAUGUAUAGUAAACCUAUUGCUGUUAGUAUGUGCUCAGUAUCAUGUCAAGAACAUACCCUUGUCAUACACAGUUACUCUCUUUUGGGGAGCAUUGUGGAGUUGCAACAAGUUUGUGCAGUGGGUCCAGUGCUUUUUGAAAACUGUUGAGUGGCUUCUUUGCAUGUAUGUGGAAUUGGUGUACAUGCACAAUAAAUCUGUGCUAAAUUGAUAGCAUCUUAAUUAAUCUUCAUUCAGGAUCAACUGUACAGGACGAGUACUACAGACCUGAAGUUUCCUGUAAUUUUCAGACUUGUAACUUACAUUGCAGAAUGUGCAUGCACUUUGUGUCUGAUGAAUCGUGGUUCCUUUCUACAGAGUGUAAAAGCUCUGUAUGUUCACAUUUUCUUUGCUGUUUUCCUGUAUACCUAUCCAUACAUGUGUACCUCUCUCAGUUCUUCCCUCUAACUUCUGUGAGUUAGGUUUAGGUUUUGGUAGCAGAGACUGCAUUUGCUGGUUUGCCCUCUCCUGGUUUUGGUCACAUAAGACUUGCCUUUCUUGGGUAUAUUUGCCUGUGACUUAACAACACUUCUUGCUCUUUCGUAUGAGGAUGUAGACACUUGUAAAGUGUCUUACUGCCACAAAUCCUCCUUUGUGACUGCACACAUUGGUAAGGCUUUUGCUUUCUGGUAGAACUGGCUUUAAGUCAGAAGUAUUUUUGGAAUAGCUGAAUUGAAGUUAGAAGGGAAAAUGCUUUCCAGCCAGUUAACAUUAUAAUUUUAUUAAACUUCUCUGUCUCAGUGGGGUAUGAGAGGAAUAAACCUGAGGCAUGAAACAGGGUUGUAGAAAUUCUCAAAAAUAAGUAUGUGCAAGACAGUACAUAGAUGGCGAAGUGACAGUGUUGCAUGAGUGUGGGGAGCAUUUAGAAGCUGCUAAACUUUGUGCCGCCACAUGUAGCAUUGGAUACACAAUAGUGGGGCCCUUUGUACCAAAGUCUCAUGGAGAUCUAGUCUGGAAAGAGAGAGAUAUCUGGAUUCAGUAGGAAGAGUUGUUUCAAAGAUGGAGGCAGAGGAAGCUGGCACUAAGGUAUAGGAACUUAUAAAAAAAGAAGGUACUAACAACUUUUUAACACUGUGAAAGACUUUUCUACACAGGUUGCAAUUUUUCCUGCUCCUACUGUACUGUAAGUGUGCUGGAAACCUCAGUUAUGUUUGUUGUCUUUGGUUAUCUUCUUUAUUUUUGUUUAUAUCUGGACUAGGUGGGUAGUGGAAAUGUAUAUGAGUUUGCUGUUAAAGUAAGACACCUAGAUGGUUGUGCUGUCAGGUAGGAGGAUGUGUAGUACUGCAGUUGGUUGGGGAAUUGGUUUGCUCUGGUAACAGUUAACAACAGUAUGUUACUAUGUUUCACCCUGAAAUGUCUUUUACAGAAGGCUUGUGAAAGACAAUAAAUGUAGUCUGAGAGAAGCAAUGUUGGUGUUCACCAGCCUUAAAUGUUGCGUAAAGCGUCUGCCAGGUAGUGAUAAACAUUAAGACCUGGCUGUUGGUAGUUUUGGAAAGUAACCACUUUAAGUUUGACAAUCACUUCUUUGUUUUAGCGUGACUAAUGUGGUUGUACGUUUCAGUAGUUGUGUAUUUCUAUGUCUCUGUAUUACUACCCCAUCUGCAACCACUAGGGUGCAAUUACAACUUUCCUAUUUCUAGAUAGAAGGGGAUCUAAGCUCCCAUCAGUUUAGUUGACCAUAAAUUACUGUGAGUUUUUCUGGACCCAUCACAUUUGUCUCUUAUUCCCAGUAGUUACCAAGUGCAUGGCAAAUCUUUUUUAGCUUGUAUUCUUGUUUGCUCUGUGAAAUACAAAAUCAGGAGGAGGAAUAUGCAAUUAAUUUUAUGGAGCAUGGGAGGGGAUGACCGCCGGGUCUUACUUUGGCAUAUGGAAGAAGCCAUCCACUCAAGAGUCAAACCAGUUCAGCUGAAAGGGGAGCAUCACUCUAAUAUCUUCUGCCUAGCUUUCAACAGUGGCAAUACGAAAGUGUUCUCUGGAGGCAAUGAUGAGCAAGUUAUACUCCAUGAUGUUGAAAGCACUGAGACCUUGGAUGUGUUUGUCCAUGAAGAUGCAGUGUAUGGACUUUCAGUGAGCCCAGUAAAUGACAACAUCUUUGCCAGUUCAUCAGAUGAUGGCCGGGUUCUUAUUUGGGACAUCCGAGAGUCUUCCCACGGAGAGCCCUUCUGCUUGGCACACUAUCCAUCAGCCUUUCACAGUGUGAUGUUUAAUCCAGUAGAACCCAGAUUACUGGCUACUGCCAACUCUAAGGAAGGUGUGGGACUCUGGGAUAUUCGUAAACCUCAGAGUUCACUGCUCCGCUAUGGUGGAAACCUCUCCCUUCAGAGUGCCAUGAGUGUCCGGUUCAACAGCAAUGGAACCCAGCUGCUGGCACUGCGUCGGCGCCUUCCCCCUGUCCUCUACGACAUCCACUGCCGACUGCCUGUCUUCCAGUUUGACAACCAAGGGUACUUCAACUCAUGUACUAUGAAGAGCUGCUGUUUUGCAGGUGAUCGUGAUCAGUACAUCCUUUCGGGCUCUGAUGACUUCAAUUUGUAUAUGUGGAGGAUUCCUCCAGAUCCAGAAGCAGGUGGCAUUGGCAGGGUUGUCAAUGGUGCUUUUAUGGUAUUGAAAGGUCAUCGGUCAAUUGUAAACCAAGUCCGGUUUAAUCCUCACACUUACAUGAUCUGUUCUUCUGGCGUUGAAAAGAUUAUAAAGAUCUGGAGUCCUUACAAGCAGCCUGACUGCACAGGGGACCUGGAUGGUAGAAUUGAGGAUGAUUCACGUUGCCUCUACACUCACGAAGAGUACAUCAGUCUUGUGUUGAAUAGUGGUAGUGGUUUGUCCCAUGAUUAUGCCAACCAGUCAGUUCAGGAGGAUCCACGGAUGAUGGCCUUUUUUGACUCCCUGGUGCGCCGCGAGAUUGAGGGCUGGAGUUCUGACUCAGACAGUGACCUCAGUGAGAGCACAAUCCUGCAGCUCCACGCAGGAGUAAGUGAACGCUCUGCUUACAGCGAGUCAGAGUCCUCCACCUCUUUGCAUCACUCCCCACCACAUGUGGCUGAAGAGUCUGAUGAAACUGCCUAUAACUUAAGGGCCUUAAGAUCCACUGCAUCCCCCUCAGCCAGAGAAGAUGUGGCUUCCCGUCAGCAGAGGCUCUCUGCACUGAGGAAGUAUCAGGAUAAACGUCUCCUGGCCCUUUCCAAUGAGUCUGACUCUGAUGACAAUACCUGUGAGGCAGAACUAGAUACAGACCUUUUCCCACGGCCACAGUCCCCAAGUCCUGAGGAGAACGAAUCCAGCAGUUCCAGCAGCAGCAGCAGCACGGAAGAUGAAGAGGAACUGAAUGAACGACGCACAUCUAUGAGGCAGCGCAAUGCACUGAGGCGCCGACAGAAGGUGCAAAAGGAGGAAAGGACUAGCACUAACACAGAAAGUGUGACCCCCUACGUAGGUGAGGACAUCUAUGAUUACCCCCAGAUCAAAAUAGAUGAUCUCUCUUCUUCUCCAGCUUCUUCGCCAGAAAGGAGUUCAGCCAACAAAGAAGUUCUCAAAGAAAGGACAUCUCCUUAUUCAGACAGUGAAUCAGUGGAGAGAAAGAUUUACAAAGCUUACAAAUGGCUUCAUUAUUCUUACAUAUCGUACUCAGCUGGCAAAGAUGGUGAAUCCUCCAAAGCAGAUGGAGAGAAUGACGAGGGGAAACCAGGAACUAGUGGAAGGCACAGUACAGCACACUCGCUAAAUAAGGAAGAUGUUAGGAACUUGAGUUCAGUAGUUCCUCAAGGCUCCCCAGCUCUUUCUACUGAAAGCCACAACAGAGAAACUUUAAAAGAAUGUGGCUUGAUAGAAAAUUCUAGUAAUGGUCAAGCUCAUGAAUGUGACAAUCAGCGGCGGAUGGAGAGUCAAGAAAAUGCGUCUGAAGACGCUAGCAGCGGAGGUAUAGAGCAUUCUUUUGAGACUAAAAAGCUCAAUGGAAAAGCUAACUGCAAAGGGCUAAAUAGUUGUACUGAAGAAUCUUGCAUUCAGACUGCAGGACUUGUAGAACAGAAAAAUAGUCAGAACUGUCAACCAGCAUCAAGCCAUCACGCACUGGUCCCUCCAUUCUCCACUGUUGCCAUCUGUAGCAUGUCGGGUCACUGCUCCAGAAACCAGACUGAUGACAGCGAGGAGAGGAGCCUCGACACCUCCUGUGUUAACCACAAUAACGGCCACUUGCAUCUUCGCCCUUCAUGCUUCAACAAUGGACAGAGUUUUGGAGAGCAGGAGACUGUGACACAAGGACUACAGGUGCACUCAAAUGCUGAUAAUGGCAACCUUGUACAGAUGGGUGUGACCUUGCACAAAGACUGCUGCCUGUCUGAAGUGGACUGCAACAGCUACGGCGUGAGCACGAGAGAGGAUACUGCUGACUUGCAUCCUACGGGCAGUGAGAGCACUCAGUCUCUCGGAGGACUGAAAAGACACAGAGCGGAGUUGGAAGAUGCAGAUUCAGAGAGUUCAUCCUUAGAAAAGAAGUUAAAAACAUGAUAAAUGCAAAUGUCUGUCGUAGUGUGCACUCUCUCAAAAAAAAAAAAAAAAAGAAAAGGAGAAAGAAAGUAUUAAAGGCACAUAGAGCUUGGGUCUGAAACAUUGCGUUUGAUUCUCCAUUCCAUUCUUCAGUGGGUCUGUUUUAGAUUGCCAGUGGUUCAUGCUGUAUAAAAAUCCAACUUACUCCUUAAUGAGACUGAGUCUAGUGUACCCAUACAAGGUUCUGUUUAAAGUAAAUCCUUAUUAAGACGGUUGACUGAAUUAUUCUUGUGUGAACAUGUGUCAUUUGUUCAGCCAGCCAACCAGGAUGACCGCUUUAAGUUAUAAUUGUUCUUCUAAGAAGGAUUUUUUCCAUACUGACACUUAUUACACAUUAUAGGCUGAAGAAUGAUUUAAUUAGAUCACACUGGUGGUAACUUGGGGUGUGUUUCUUGUUGAGAAAAACAGGGCAGAAACCUUUCUGGGCCCUUUAUUCUGCUUCAGAAACUAAAAAAAAAAAAUUAAAAAAAUCAACCGUAGGGAGGAUAUUUUCAGCACUGACUGCUAUCUUUUGAUACUUCAUAAAGCACUUGCUUCGGAUACAGUUCAGUGACAUUAUUUUUAUGCCAACAGAAAAGCUAUAGGAAAUGAGCCUCUUUCCAAAAUCAACUUUAGGCUGUUCCCAUGGAGACAUUCAAUUUUGUGGGGUUUUUUUAAAGAAAAGAGCUGAAUAACAUGGUGUCAUCACUAUACUAAAAUGUGAUUGCUUGGCAGGAGGAAGUUGUUGUUCUCUAGGCCUCACUCUAACCAAGAGCUAUUAAAAAUCAGGCACUGAAACGUGCCUUUCUGUGAGCUUAACACAUAUUCAUUCAUUAUUAUUAAGAAUGUGGCUCCAACUGCUGGGAUGUGUCUUGCCUGUGCCCCCUCCCCUUCCCCCAUGUGCUUACUUUUGGGAGGCAGUAGGCCAAACAGAAAAUAGCAGAAGGAUGGAUAAUGUAACUGCAUGUUAACAGCAACACUUAGUAAAGUCUGAAAACUGCUUUUUUUAGCAGUUUUUUUUAGCCCAAAGCUUAAAAUAGAUUGGCGUUGGAGGUUGGGGUUCAUUUUCCACCACUGUGCUGCAAAUAUUUAAAACUGCAGAUGGGCAGAUGCAUUCAACAGCAUGGUGUGUGUAAGGGGGAGCUUCAGAGAAGCAUUCCCACAUGUGAGGACACCUGGACUCCAAGUCUGGCAAACAGAACUUGAGCAAGAGCAUACCUCUGGCUGCCGGCUGCCAUGAACUGGCAUGCUGUUCAGGUGGACAGAGUCCUUUCUUGCCUGGGCUCUGUUUUUGACGGAGUAUCUAGUGGGUCUUCUCAGUUCUGGCAUGCUGGAGUUGGUGGAAUUGCACUUGCUCCCCUAGCAAAAAGGUGAGAGGAGUCAUUGUGUGAAGGGAAAAGAAACCACCUAUAAAGGACGCAAACAAUAUGUGUUUGUGCUUUGCAGUGCUGACAGCAGCAGAAGAGGCUUCUUUUGACCCCAGUAAUUGUGACAGGCUUUCAAGCCCAGCACUGAGGAAGGGCUAGGUUAUUUUAAGGAAUAGGAGAUUUUUGCUUUCAGUUCGACUCCAGCAGUACACCACUGUGGAGCACUGGUCUCAAUAGUUAUUUCAUAUGCACAGCUACCUGGUGCCUGGGGAAAGAAGGAAGAUGCCCUGUUAAAACGUGAUGAUAGUAAAGGAGCACUACAGAAGGGAUGUUGGGAGGGAAAGGUAUAGGAGGGUGAGUGAAGAGCAUGAGCUGAAAAAUUUUCUUAAAGCUACUGUGUGCCAUAGACUGCUUUCCCCUACUUGGUCAGCUUUGCUAGGUGAGAACUUGGAAUAAGCAUAUGAUGUUGCAUUUCUGAAGUGUGUAAGAUGGCUGAAAGGGAAAAAGAUGUUUUUAAACCUGAGUGAAAGUGGCACUAAGAACAAGCAGUUAUGUUGUUACCUUAUUGAAAAAAUUGUUCUGUACUGAUUAUAUGUUAGAUCGCUACAAUCAAGAUCACUAUAGGAGUGUUCUCCUCAGUUGUAUAAACACCUUACUGCAAAUGCUGGGUUUUAGCCAAAACCUUGAGGUUGCUGAGUCAAAACUUUUUUAUUAUGAUUUUAUUUUUAAAAUGUUCUUUACAUUGGAAAAUUUUCUCAGCUGUAAAUUCUGCCCUCCUCUGAAGAAUAUCCAGAUUGCUGACGAAUGAGCAUCUCCGCUCUCCUUUGACAUGGUCAUCUUUUCUCAAUGUUUUCUCAAAUGCCUUGUGGUCUCACUUUUGGGUUCUUUUGUUUGUUUUCAAGAGCAGAAUAAAAGUUCCCAGGUCUGGUGUUCA